UCUUUGCGUUGCUUCGGCGUCAACGUCGUUCGAUUUCAAAACAGCGUCACAGACGACUUAUAGGUUAUGUUCAACGCUGGUUAACAUACCGACGCCUCAAACGUGCACGUGCUAUUUCAAAACGUCUGGAUAUCGUUUGGAUGGAUGUGAAUAAAUUAUAAACUUAAUUUCGUUAUUUUUUCCGCAAUAGAAAAUGGUACGACACAAUAAUCAACUACCGGACAAUCUUCCUCAGCUGCAAAAUUUAAUCAAGCGUGAUCCGGAAUCAUACAAAGACGAGUUCUUGCAACAACACCGUCAUUACAAAUCAACUUUGGAAGUCUUCCGACUGACGCCCGAUACAUUCAACAAAAGUCUCGAUGAAUUGGUGAUUUUUCUUGCACAGGUAGCCCAAUGCUACUCGGAAGAGUUGACAACUUUUCCUCAAGAGCUUGUGGAUAUUCUGCAAACACAAAACACUGUUCUGGACACUGGAAUGAGAAUGACAUUCUGCAGAGCACUAAUAUUACUUCGAAAUAAAGGACUUCUGGAGCCAACUGCACUCUUGAGCUUGUUCUUUCAGCUACUAAGAUGUCAAGAUAAAGCUUUAAGACAAUUCCUUGAAACCCACAUUAUAACAGAUAUCAAGAAUGUCAAUUCCAAGCACAAGAAUGCAAAAAUUAAUACUACAUUGCAAAAUUUCAUGUUUACCAUGUUGAAGGACAGCAAUGCACGAGCUGCAAAAAUGUCUGUUGAUAUAAUGAUUGAACUCUAUAAAAAAAAUGUCUGGAAUGAUGCUAAAACUGUAAAUGUCAUUUCGACUGGAUGCUUUUCUAAAAUAACUAAAGUCAUGGUUGCUAGCCUUAAGUUCUUCUUAGGAUCUGAUCCAAGUGAAAAUAAUAGCGACGACAGCGACAGUGAUGAUGAACCAAACGUAAAAGAAGUAAUGAUGGCUAAUAAAGUCAAUAAGAAAUCGAAGAAAAGAGAAAAGCAGCUAAAAAAAGUGAAACAGCUGUAUGUGAAAUCAAAAAAGAAGAAGUCACAAGCACCGCAGUUCAACUUCUCAGCGCUACAUUUAAUUCAUGACCCACAAGGUUUUGCAGAAAAGUUAUUCAAGCAGAUGGAAAAAAAUAAUGAUAGAUUUGAAGUAAAGCUAAUGACCCUAGAUGUCAUAUCCAGGCUCAUAGGCUUGCACAGUUUAUUCUUGUUCAACUAUUAUCCAUAUUUGCAGAGAUUUUUACAGCCGCAUCAAAGAGAGGUAACAAAACUACUGCAAUUUGUUGCACAAGCAUCUCAUGACUUAGUACCUCCAGAUGUACUGGAACCAGUUGUAAAGACACUUGUUAACAAUUUUGUCACUGAGCGAAAUUCUGCAGACGUAAUGGCCAUUGGAUUGAAUGCCUGUCGUGAAAUAUGUUCACGCUGCCCAUUAGUCAUGAAUGAAGAUUUACUGCGAGAUUUAGCUCAAUAUAAAAAUUAUCGCGAGCGAAGUGUCAUGAUGGCGGCUCGAUCUUUAAUAUCUCUGUUUAGAAAUACAAUGCCAGAUCUGCUGCACAAAAAAGAUCGAGGCAGACCGACAGAAGCAACGGCUGAAUUACACACCUUAAAGUAUGGUGAAGUAAAUGCCAAAGAAUUUGUACCGGGUGCCGAGGUUUUACUUGAUAAAAGUCAUAGCGACACAAUAGAAAUAGAUAGUGAAAACAGCGAGGAUGAAGAUGAAUGGUGUGAUGUAAAACAUAGCAGCGAUGAAGAAGAUGGCAGGGAAUGGGUAACUGAUGAUGAGGAGGAAGGUGAGGAAGAUGAUUAUUUAGAAGAAGACAGUGGAGACAACAGUGAAACCGAGCAUGACGAAAGUGGCAGUGAAGACGAGGAAGAAGAUGAAGGUGAAAUGGAAGAUAUCAAAAUCACAAGUGAUGAGAAAGAUAAGAAGGCUCAAUUAGAAGGGGCUGAUAAUGCACCCAUAAAAUCGAAACUGGAUAAAAAGAGAGAAAAAUUGGCAAAAAAAUCACAGAUGAAAGCUGAUAUGAGAAAGAAAUCAACGGCAGAGAAGAAAGCAAAAGCAUCCCAAAUUUCGGUAGAACGGCUUCUCGGAGAUGACGAUUUUCGAAAAAUUGAUGCAGAACUUGUUAAACAACAGGUGACGCACUUCAAACGGGGUAUCAAGCGACCGCUUGAAGUGGAUCCCAAUAAAGGAGAAUUGGUAAAGCUGGCAGAUAUUGAAAACAUUUACAAAAAACGUAAACAUGAUAAGCAAUCCAGGAUGGAAAGCAUAAAGAAAGGUCAAGAUGGAAGGGAAAAAUUCGGCUACAAAGACGGAAGGCAGAAUCCACUAUGCAGUAAAACAAAUCGCGAGAAGAAAAAGAAGAAAGCUUUCCAGAUGGUCAAGCAUAAAGUACUUGGAAAAGUGAAGAGAUCGUUUAAAGCUAAACAGAUCGCGUUGCGAAAUCACUUGAUAAAGCAAAAAAGGAUGAAAUAGUGAUAUACUUGAUGUACAGUGUGCAUUACGACAACCAGGUAUUUCAAUAGUGAUAAAUAGAUAUAUUUUUAUUCUGA